UAGCUUUAGGCUGAGACUUAAUCCUGGUUUUGUUUAUUCAAUCAUAACAUUUGAAAGACUGGGGGAAGGUUAUGUGAUUUUUUUUAUCGGGCCUGACCGAACACAACAUCUAGAGGACAAAGCCGUUUUAUUUGACUGCCAACCGAGAAGAGGCUAGAAUAAUUGACCAGAAACAUGAACUCUUUCACUCUCCGUGAUGCAUUCCAAGGGGUGGAACAUCUAAAUGUAAGGGGGUUUGUUUUAUUUAGCGUGUCUUGGCCGAUUUGACUAUCUCUGUUAGAGAAGAGAAAGCUGGAGGUCCACUCUACUCUGAUUUUCUGUAGAGUAUCUGCCGCUAUGCAUUGUGGUGUUGUGAGCUGACAGUAUAGCAAUUGGUCGCUCCCCUCGGCCAUUGUCACAGUAAGGACUGGUGUUGCUGAAGAUGAAGCUGAACUGAGGGAAGAGGGUCAUUACUCGGGGCUGUGUAAAAAUCUAACAAGGUCUUAUUCGCUAGUGAAUCUCAGUCAAGGUCAAGAAGAAUUGAUUCUCAGUCAAGAAGAAGUGAGUUUCAGCCAAGGAAAAUGCUUCACCAGGACCGACCCUUGAAUCCCCUGUACGGAGGCCAUGGAGGCGGCUCCUCGUCACUGCGGAUCCUCAGCAACAACAGCCAGCAGCAGGACGGCAACUUCAACUUCCUGGGUCAAGACAAUGACAUCAUGACGGGAGGGGACGAGAACCGCAACCAGGUGCGUCCUCGUAACCUGGGCCCGUUGGGCCGCGACCAGCCCCACCCUCCCUCAUCCUCCUCCAACCACUACGGUCCAGGGACCCUGUCCCCGCUCUCACGCCUCCCCUGCUGGAGCCCCCUGGAGCCCCUGUCUGAGAUUGAGAGUGGGGACGAUGGGUAUGGAAGAGUCCCCCCCGACGGCGCAGAGGAGGGCAAGAUGGAGGAGGAGAUGGGGAGGAUGAGCGAUGACGAGAAGGAGAAACAAGAGCUGGGGGGAGGCGUCAUGAAACAGGGAGUGGUGGUGGAAGAGGAGGAGGUGGAAGUGGAGGAUCCGGAGGAAUGGGGUGACAGCGACUCAGAGUUUGAGUUCAGCUACAGGUCCAGCGGCAGCCUGUCCUCUCUCAAUAUGGAGAGCGGAGGUGAAAGGACUGGGAUGGGGGGGUGGGACCGCAUUGGAGUGGGGGCGCCCAAGGUCAACCACCACCAGGGGAGUGACCAGGAAACCCCUGCCGCCCCUGCAUACCCCCUUACCCCCUCUUUGACCAGGAAGUGGGACGACAAAACGGAGAGGAAAAGGAGCGGCACGCCUCUGAGAACAGGGAACAGCCUGCUGGACAGGGGAGCGUUGUCGGACUCAGACACGGACUGCGGUGAGCUGCCCGAGUCGGAGGAAGCCGUGUGGACCCUGAGGGACCGUGAGCGCUUCAAGGCCCAGGAGAUGGAGAAGCACCAGGUCCAGCUGACCAUGUACCGCAGGCUGGCUCUGAUCCGCUGGGUCCGCACCCUGCAGGGCCGCGUCCAGGAGCAGCAGAACCGCCUCCAGUCCAGCUUUGACGUCAUCCUCGACCACAGGAAGGAGCUGCUGCGCAUGGGCGCUGCCACCGCCAGCCAAUCGUAGAGCAAGAAGGAAGAGCGGAGGCCAUAACAGGAAGUGGUCACCAGCAGAGACAGGACAAUCUCUGAAGGGGAAUACAAAGGCAUUGUUGGCGAUGGUUAUUGUACUUGUUUUGUCCCAGACUUAACUUUUCCCGAAACUAGACAAUGUCCAAGAAUCCUCUUGAGAUUUUACUCUGUUGUGGUGUUUUAAUAAGUUGAUAAUGCAGUUAGUUUUUUAUUUAUUGGCGUCCUACCCUGUGUCGAUAUCCAAAUAUAUCCAAGUCAACUUUCUUCUUGAGAGCAAGGAUAACUUUUUUCACCCUAACCACGCCAAUCUGUCGAAAUAUAUAACGUAUUAUAUGAGAUUACAAGUUUAUUAAGAGUUUAAUGAAUUAUUGUAUCUUAAAAUGUUAUAUAUAUGUGUAGACUGUGCUAUUUUAUUUGGCUCUAUAACUGUGAUAUAAUCCGUGCAAAAUACAACAUAUGAGGUGAAAUGUUUUUUUAUAAAUGAAAUGUAGGCUAUAUCAUGUUUGUCUUUUCCAGUGGCAUAAUACAAUUGUUUUAGAGUUA